AUGGAGGAUGCUAAGGAAACUCCAACCGAGACUCAAAACCUGAGUCAAAGCACGUCAGUCACAUCAAGAAAUAGCACAUGUAUAGAUGAGCUUCUUGCCUCACCAGAGAUCAAGAGACAGAGGAAAGGCUACCUUCCGAUCGAGUCCGUGAAAAUUCUUCAAGACUGGCUUUAUAGCCACCAAUUUAAGGCUUUUCCAUCAGAGGCAGAGAAGCAAAUGCUGUCAGAAAAGACCAAUUUAUCUUUUCCGCAGAUCACCAAUUGGUUUGUAAACGCUCACCGCGGAUAUGCUCUCCCAGAAAUGCUGAAUCAGGAUGUAAAUGACUCCAAAGACCUAGAAGAUAUGGAUGCUGAAGAAACUCAACAAGCAAACACCGAUUCUUCUUUACUGGACAAGGUAGGACCUGUGCAUCCAGACAAAGGUCAAUGCCAUCCACUGUCUCCACUACCAAGUGGCAUGGAGUCACACAAAAAGCUACUGGAUCCAAAGUCUUCCUCAAAUCAGUUCAUUCCAAAAUCCCCUCUGAAGGAAAAGGUCGAGAUUUCCACCAGUGUACCCAUGUCUUUUCCAGAGUCUGUGUGGCCAGAGGAACGUGCAGAUUUCAGCAACUUCUACAUCCUUGUCGAUGCAGCCGUGCAAAGGGCAGCUGAACUGGAGCUGCAGAAAAAGCAAGAAUCCAACCCAUGA